UUGCCAGUAACAUCGGCAGUGGCCACUUUGUGGGGCUAGCUGGGACAGGAGCAGCUUCAGGAGUCGCCACUGUAACAUUUGAAUGGACUUCCUCAGUAAUGUUGCCGAUUCUUGGAUGGAUCUUUGUCCCCAUCUAUAUCAAGGCAGGGGUGAGUAUCUGUUACCAAAAUGCCAGAGUUCAGUUCUAGGCACUGCUGCUCACUGCACAGAAAGUCAAUCACUGAGACAAUGAAGAUUGCCAGGAAAAAAAGGCUUUUUGGGGUGCUGCAGCCAAAGAGAUGGGAGCUCAGUCUCAAAUCCAUCUUUCUGAUAGACUAAAAUAAGGGGUUUAUAUAGCAGGGAAGAUAUGUAACCAUGUGUGGGAAAGCAGGAAUGAGGGGGCGGAUAAGGAAGAGAAGUCGGUCAACAGGAAGCAGAUGGUGGGUUAGACAAUUAUAAAAGGUGAGGGCUCUGGCUUCUCAUUGUUCAUGUGUGGUGAUCUGGUGAGUUUCAGCUCUUUGACCCUAUCCAGGAGGCCUGAUGAUUGAUUUCCUGAGAAAGGAACUGAGGUGAUGACCAUGCCGGAAUAUCUCAAGAAGCGGUUUGGUGGGAAGCGACUCCAGGUCUACCUCUCCAUCCUCUCGCUCUUCAUCUGUGUGACUUUGUCAAUCUCUUCAGAUAUGUUUUCUGGAGCCAUAUUCAUCCAGCUGGCCUUGGGAUUAGACCUUUACCUGGCAAUCUUCAUCCUCUUGGCUAUCACUGCUGUUUAUACCAUCACUGGGGGCUUGGCCUCGGUGAUUUACACAGACACCCUCCAGACUGUCAUCAUGCUGACUGGCUCUUUCAUUCUCAUGGCAUUUGCAUUUAACGAAGUUGGAGGUUACGAAAGCUUUACCGAGAAGUACAUGAAUGCCAUCCCGUCCGUGGUCAAGGGGGACAACUUGACAAUCAAUGCCAGGUGCUACACACCUCGGGCGGACUCCUUCCACAUCUUCCGAGAUCCUGUCACUGGGGAUAUUCCAUGGCCAGGAAUUAUAUUUGGAACGCCCAUUACAGCUUUGUGGUACUGGUGCGCAAAUCAGGUCAUUGUGCAGCGCUGCCUGUGUGGCAAGGACAUGUCUCAUGUGAAAGCUGCUUGCAUCAUGUGUGCUUACCUGAAGCUGCUGCCCAUGUUCCUCAUGGUGAUGCCGGGAAUGAUCAGCCGCAUUCUGUACACAGAUGAGGUAGCAUGUGUGGUACCUUCUGAAUGCAUCAAACACUGUGGUGUUGAGGUCGGCUGCACUAACUACGCAUACCCAACGAUGGUGCUGGAACUGAUGCCCCAAGGACUGCGAGGCCUGAUGCUGUCGGUCAUGCUGGCCUCUCUCAUCAGCUCCCUGACCUCCAUUUUCAACAGUGCCAGCACCCUCUUCACCAUUGACCUCUACACCAAGGUGCGGAAGCAAGCAUCAGAGAAAGAGCUCCUGAUAGUUGGACGGCUAUUCCUUCUUCUGUUAAGUGUCGUGAGCAUUGUGUGGGUCCCAUUGGUACAAGUAUCUCAAAAUGGACAACUAAUCCAUUACACAGAAUCAAUUUCUAGCUACCUUGGGCCUCCAGUUGCAGCUGUCUACGUGCUUGCCAUCUUCUGUAAAAGAGUCAAUGAACAGGGAGCAUUCUGGGGUCUAAUGGUUGGACUUGUGAUGGGCCUCAUUCGUAUGAUCACAGAAUUUGCUUAUGGAACAGGGAGUUGCUUGGCUGCCAGUAACUGUCCCAAGAUUAUCUGUGGAGUGCACUACCUGUACUUUUCCAUCAUUCUCUUCUUUGGGUCCACGCUGGUCAUUCUGGGAAUUUCCCUCUUAACAAAACCCAUUCCUGAUGUACAUCUGUACCGCCUGUGCUGGGCUCUUCGCAACAGUACAGAGGAACGAAUUGAUAUAGACGCAGAAGAGAAAAGUCAGAAAGAAACAGAGGAUGGUGUUGAUGAAGAUUAUCCUGAGCAAUCACGUGGAUGCCUCAAGAAGACUUAUGACUUGUUCUGUGGUUUGCAGAAGGGACCCAAGCUAACCAAGGAGGAGGAGGAAGCCCUGAGCAAGAAGCUCACAGACACAUCUGAGAGGCCCUUGUGGAGGACAGUAGUAAACAUCAACGCCAUCCUCCUUCUAGCUGUGGUGGUCUUUAUUCAUGGCUACUACGCCUGAACUCUAUCCAAGCCACUAGAAUAAUGAAUAAUUCUUAGUAAUGAAGCAAAGGAUAAUUUUAGUGAAGCAAAGGAUAAUUUUCAUUUUACAGUAUGUGUGGCAAUUUUAUCCAAUGAGAUGACUAUAGACUUGAUAUUUCGCUUUUGUUCUUCGUGUCAUUACAAAGAGUUGAUAAUUUAUAAAACUAUAAAGUGACCCAUAAGUGUGUAAACAA